GAAUUAACAGAAAUUAUGAGACAAAAGGAUGAUAAGACUUUUGCCAUUGCAUUAAGUAAUAUAGCUAAAGGAACAAUGACAGAUGAAGAUAUUAAUUUAUUAAAGUCCCGAAUUGUUUCAACUGAAAAUUUGGAAACGAUUGAAGAUGCCAUAAGGAUAUUCAGAAGCAAUGCUGAAGUUGAUGCCUACAAUACAAAAGUAUUGGCUAAUCUUAAUGCUGAAGGUGCAACUGCCAAUGCAUAUGACUUUUGUAUUGGUGAUGGACUUGCAUCAUUAAAAGAAAAAGUGUUGAACAACGUAAAGAAUCUCAAAACAACUGAAACUUAUGGCUUACCACUUAAAAUCGAUUUGAAAGUGGGCGCUAAGUAUAUGUUGACAGUCAAUUCUGAUACUGAAGAUGGAUUAGUCAAUGGUGCUUGUGGAAAAUUAGUAAUGAUUGAUUACGGAAAACUUCAAAAAACCAAUGAAACAGUACCAUGUAGAAUAUGGAUUAAAUUCAAUGGAGAAAAAACUGGAAGAAAAGCUAGAGCCAAUUUUCACAAUGUAAUGCGUAAUAGAAAUAUUGAUUCUAGUCUUACACCAAUCGAACCAGUAAUACGUCAAAUAAAUACGAAGUCAACAAACUUCAAAGUAGAACGGAAGCAGUUUCCAAUAGUACCUUGUGAAGCUAUGACCAUAUACAAAAGUCAAGGCGGUACUUACGAGAAGGUUGUUGUCAAUUUGAAGAAGGGAAUGACAAGAUCUGAAUUAUAUGUUGCUUGUAGUCGUGCAACAAAAGCAAGUGGUUUAUACUUAAUUGGAGACUUCGUUCCACCAAAACCACCUGAACGUAAUGAUGCAGUGACGUUGAUGUUCAAAACUAUGAGAUCCGAGCGAAUGCUGAAAUUUUCGCUUGCAUUUCCUGAAGAAUCUGAAGAGAAAAAAUUUUCCAUUAUCUUUCAUAAUGUACAAUCAUUGAAUAAGCAUAUUUCAGAUGUUAAAUUUGACAAAACAUUUUUCUCUUCUUCCAUGAUAAGUCUUGUUGAAACAUGGACAAAACCAAGUGAUAACUUAGAAAUUGAAGGUUUUAAGAUAGUUCACAGACGUGAUUGUCAUGAUGUACGAAAACCAUUCGGUCAAAUCAUUUAUUUAAAAAAUGAUUUAAAAUUCGAAAAUAUCACCGAAAGAUAUGAAUAUUCAGGCAAAGAUCAUAUUGAAUAUUCUUCGAUAAAAGUUGAUGAUAUUUGUAUAAUUUCCGUUUAUAAUUCACCAAAUUCAUCAUUCGAUGUCCUAAGACGACAUAUGAAUGAAGUUAUAACUAUUUCAAAAAGAUUUUGUGAUAAUAUAAUUGUCGUUGGUGAUUUUAAUAUAAACUUGAAGAUUAAAAUCAAUAACAAAUUUAUUGAAUAUAUGAAAUCAUUUGGACUUAGUUUGAAUAAUACACUAAAUAAAGAUUCAACUAAUGCAAAAACACAAAUUGACUAUUGUUUCACUAAUAUGAAAGACGUAAAGUCUGAUUAUUUUGAAAGUCUUACAAGUUUUCAUAAACCAAUAUGGAUAAGAAAACAUAAAGUUUUGACUAAGUUUCAUUUGGAUGAAACCGAAGACAUUCGUACAAAUAUACCUUUUAAUAUUGAAGAUGUUAUAGCUGAUGAUCAAUCUGACACGAUGGAAGUCGAUGAGAAAUUCGUUUUUGAAUGUCAUGAAACAGUCGAUAAGAAUGAACAAAUUGACUUAGAUAUGUCCUUCCAAUUAGAAGAUCUCAAAGUGAAUGAGCCAUUUGAUACGAUGGAAACUGAAGAAAAAUCUUUUCCCACAAACUAUGAAAUCAUUGAUUCAGACUCAAGGAAGAUUCUUGAUCAUUUUCUCCUUCUACUUGAAUUUGAUAAUGCUGCAGGGACUACCCAAAUUUCAAGUCAAGCUCGAAUAAUCGAUGAUUUAAUUGAAAAGUCGCCAUUUAUAACUGUGUAUAACAAAGAUCGAUCUGUUAAAAUCAGACCGAAAAUAGAAUAUUCUGUUGAAGCAUUUGAUGCAUUUUACGCACGAACUCAUACAACUGGAGAUGGAAAUUGCUUGUACAAUUCUUUAUCAAUAAUAAAAAUUGGAUCUGAAGAACUAACACACUCAAUGAGAUUAUUGGCAGUCAAUGCUAUGAUUAAUAAUAGUAAUCAUUUCAAAACCAUUUGCCGUUUACUGAAUUAUUCAUUUGAAGAACAGUUAAAGAGAACUGCCACAAACGAACAAUGGGGUGGAGAAGUUCAAAUUCAUGCACUUUCUAUAGCAUUACGUCAGCCCAUUUGUUCUUAUGUUAAAUUUCUCGAUGAUCCAAAACGUGUACACUAUACUCCAUCUGAUAUCAGUACACAAGAUUUGAUUAACAGAUUUGAUAAUGGAACUGCAGGAGGUCAUCUCAAAUAUAUUGGAUAUAAGACAAACACAACAAACCAUAAGCAAUAUGAUAAUUUACCAUUACAAGCAUCUGAUCAAAAUCAAAACAUCGAUUCUACUAUUGAUCAAUUAUUAUCGAAUGAUUUCGUCACAACAAAUCAAUCAACUAUAGAAUUGAGCACAACAAAUACUAUUACAACUGAAAAUAAUUUCAUACAUAAUCCUGAACGAAAUCAAACUGCAGCAAGAAGAGCUAGAGUACAACCAAGACCACAACAACAUCACCAGCAACAAACUUCCCAAUAA